AUGGAAAACUAUACUUACACAUCAACUGAUUUCAUUUUAUUGGGAUUGUUUCCACCAUCAAGAACUGGCCUGUUCCUUUUUAUUCUCAUUAUUCUCAUUUUUCUAAUGGCGCUGUUUGGCAACUUGUCCAUGAUUCUACUCAUCUUCCUAGACACCCGUCUCCACACACCCAUGUAUUUCUUACUCAGUCAGCUCUCCCUCAUUGACCUCAAUUACAUCUCCACUAUUGUCCCCAAGAUGGCUUCCAAUUUUGUGUUUGGAAACAAGUCUAUCUCCCUCAUUGGGUGUGGUAUUCAGAGCUUCUUUUUCUUGACUUUAGGAGGUGCAGAAGCAUUGCUCUUGGUAUCUAUGGCUUAUGACCGUUAUGUGGCUAUUUGCUUUCCUCUUCACUAUCCCAUUCGUAUGAGCAAAAAAGUGUGUGUGUUGAUGAUAACAGGAUCCUGGGUAAUGGGCUCCAUCAACUCCUGUGCUCACACUGUGUAUGCCCUCCGCAUCCCUUAUUGCCGAUCCAGGUCCAUCAACCACUUCUUCUGUGAUGUCCCGGCCAUGCUGACUCUGGCCUGCAUGGACACUUGGGUCUAUGAGUACACAGUGUUUGUGAGCACCAUCCUCUUCCUUGUGUUACCUUUCGUCGGCAUUGCAUGUUCCUAUGGCCGAGUUCUCCUUGCCAUCUGCCACAUGCACUCAACAGAGGGGAGGAAGAAGGCCUAUUCGACCUGCAGCACCCACCUCACAGUGGUGACUUUCUACUACGUACCCUUUGCUUACACUUAUUUACGCCCAAGGUCGCUGAGAUCUCCAACAGAGGACAAGGUUCUGGCUGUCUUCUACACCAUCCUGACCCCAAUGCUCAACCCUAUAAUUUACAGCCUGAGAAACAAGGAGGUGAUGGGAGCUCUGAGAAGAGUGUUAGGAUCAUGGGUUUGCAGGAAAAAGUACUGA